CCUCACCUUGCACAUUCAUCUUCCUCCCACCACCACCACCUCUUUUUCGUCGGUCUUGUUUCUUCUUCCACCCUUCCAAGUCGAUACUCGACAUCGACGACAUCCCCUUUUUCCAUCCACCCUCCGUCUCUCUCGCGUCUCGUGCCUUUCCUUACCACCUAGUCCGAUUCUGCAGGUUCGCCCUAAUCGCAAUUUCGACCACGAUCCAGAUCCAGAGCCCCCCCGAGAGCUUGACAGCUGCUGUCCCUGGUCGGCGGAUUCUGCCUCCUCACUGCAAUUCGAUACCCAUAUUCAAAAAAGCUCACCUCGAUACUUACAUACGUCCUAAUCACCAUCGUCUUUCUUUUUCCCAGCUGAAAAGGAACUUAUUCGAUCAUUGCCGAGCAAUAUCCUACUACAACCCACCGUUCAUUGUCGUACAUUUCGUAUAUUAUUCGCCGCGUUAACUAAAGACUGCCCUGUACAUUUUCACACAUCAUUUGCCUCUGCGGCCCUCUUGUCAGCACAUCACACAAACUCACACAAUCUCUCUGCGCCUUUGACUGCUACAGCUGGCUGAAUUUCUGGCAGGCAUUUCAUCGCUAUCCUCAACUUUCUCACGUCACUAGAUUCCUCGCCGCCUUUUUACUUUCUCGGCCACGAUACGAAACCUGACCUCACACGAAUCUCAGUAAUCUUCUAAUCCUCGAAACAAUCAUCUCACUCAUACCUUCAUUGCAAUUCACUUCUACGCGUCUCGACGCCACGGAUAUUACGGCUACUUUCUUGACAGAUCCCUCGCUGGAUCUCGCCUAUCCGCAUUACACACUUUCAGCAUUUCAUCCUGGUUCUUCAGCUCCCACAUUUUUCUUGCCUUCAGUCAUAGAAAACAAUGAGCAUCGACGCUGGCGGUCUUGCUCAAAUGACUUACCAGUCUCCUUUCAACAACUCCAUCGGCGUUUCCGGCCCCGGCUUUGCGUCGCGUGGAAAAGGCUCUCACAUCAAACGUCUCAGUGUUGCCCCUCCCCCAAAGAUUUCGACCAUCGAUGAGACUCAACAGGCCAACGUCGGCGCGACACCACGAACUAGCCGUAGUCACUUGCUAGCCGGUCUUCGUACUGCCCCGAAAUCUGCCACCGUGCCUCCGGCUAGCAAUGCCAUGGGUCUCGAAGGCAGCAAGUACGCUUCGAAUUCGCAAUACGGAAACCACAUUCCGCAGACUGCAACUGGCACGUACUUUCCAAACAAGAGGGCUUCGUACCAUGGCGGCAGCUACCAGCAGAAUUAUUCCCUGCCUGAACAUGUCCUGGCUCCUCCAUCGCUCGACUUUGUAGACCCAACAGACCCAAUGGAUCAAAAUCUUUAUGACGAAUUGGUAGCGACCAACAAUUAUCUGGCUCAGCAGCAACGAGCUCUGCAGCAACAACUUCUCAGCGUUACUGCGGCCGCUCAGCAACUGGGAGGACUGAACCUCAAUUCUGCCAUGAUGACCAACCCUGGCCAACAAUUCCAGUCACCCAUCAAUUCUCCUAUGAGCAUGUACAGUCAGCAAUUCCAACAAGGCCUGCAACCUGUUGUUCAGCCGGUGCCUGGAAGUCCUGGCGUGUUUGCUGUCUACAAUCCCAUGACGGGUCAGUCAAACUUCGUGGUUGACCCCUCCCUCCAACAACAGCAAGACACCUUGUCUUCCCGUCGAAACAAUUCUGUCUCACCCCCUCCUGCCAACGCUGGCUACCAACGUCAAUUCGCCGAGCCUCAUCCCCUGUCCGACUCACGUUCGCGUACUCCUCCCAAGUCCACACCGUCUCCGCAGAUGGACGUCGAACCACUCCCACCGCCAUCUGCCAAUGCUUUCCGACGAGGACACAGAAAGAACGCGUCAUCUGUGAAUAUCAAGACGACGGGCGAGUGGACAAAAGGAGCGGCGGGGCUGAGAUCAGCCGGUAUGCCUCAGACUCCCAUGACUGGCACCUUUGGUCCUGGACAAGGACGUGCUGGAGAGCACCCAGUCAGACAACCAAAGAACCCACCUCAUCUUCAAGAGUUGCAAGACAAGCCAACAUCAAAGCACGAAGGAAGCAAGAAUUUCGCUACACGUCAACGUCGUCGAGCUGUUCAUGACUUGGUUCGUGCAGGUCGCGAGCGUCGAAGCGAUGGUCGUCAGUCGGGUUCUGGAGCCGGCACGCCUGGAAGCGAAAAUGAAUUCAACUUUUCUGUCUCGUCCGACAACGAUUCCGUUCUCGCUGGCAGCACUAGUCUUUCAAGCAAACCAAGCAUGGGUAGUCUUCGUGCUGCUGCCAGUGGUGUUAUUGGUGGCGAGAGAAAGGAGAUAUCCCGAGAACGAUCUUCAGUUGACAGCAUUGGAGCCAUCAGUGCUAAGAGCCUGAGCAGUGAUGAAGGUAACCUCAUUGGAGGGUCUAUGGUUGAAGUUGAGCAACCUGCUAGACGUAACACUCCAUUGUUGGUCCUUAGCAACGCCGAAAAACGCAAGAGCGUGAUCAUGUGAAGGACGAUAUUCAGGGCAGCGCCCACCUAUUCCACAACUCACCGAGUACUCUUGGAAGACUCAGCCACUCUUUUAUCAUCACGACUUGAUGACUGCAGCCCAGAUUAAAUUGGCACGACAUUACUGUUUUUUCUACACUCGAUACUUCCUAUGAAAAAAGAGAAAACCCCAGGCACCCCUGAUGGAGGAGUACUAGUACUGUCUUUAAUGGGACCUUGAUUAUCAUUGCUUUCUCUUUCUUUCUUCUCUUCAGCCAGGUUUUGUUUGCAUCUCGAAUUCCCGGGGAAAGAUCAAGUAAUUGUGUAUGCAAGUAUGCAAGUAUGCAUGACUCUCCUGCAGAGAUGCGAGAGGAUUCUUUCUGUACCCAUCAGACCUGGCUUAUCUUUGCUAGCAACAAACUUGGGGUGGUUGGCAUGAUGAAGCGGAUGAAGUUUGGGGGGAGAGAGUCCUUUGUUAGUAUUGUUGGAUUGUCACACCUCGAUUUUAAGGAAAUUGAGAUGGAGGUCCUGGAAUGGAGCGAAGGAUUAGGGCUGUGAAUGUAGUUGACCUUGAAACCAUUGAACCUAGUUGAUAGCAAUUAUUAUUUUUAUUAUCA